AUGAAAGUCCUGCUGCCGUCGUUGAGCACGAGGUCGACUCCGCUAACCGCGUCCGCCGCGGCCCUCCCCUUUCCUCCCCACUAUACACACCGCCAGAGAGGACAGAUGCCGCCGCAGUGCCCCAGGCAUGCGCGUGCAGACACGUCGUCACUGGCGUGUUGCCUUCGCAUUUUUUUCAUUCUCGCUCCGUGUGGCUUUCCUUUUGUGCACCGCCGUAGCACCAUCGCUUCUCGGUCUCUCUGUCUUUACCCCCUUCCGCUCUCUCAGCAUGUUGGCUCGGUGUGUGUGAGUGUGUGCCGGAAAGUUUCGCUUUCACCGCCACUCCCCCCCCUCUUCUUCUGCCACUCUAGUCGCACACAGGUGUGGCAUGGCAUCUCCGCCUUCCCGCUCUCACUCUCUGAACCCAUCGCGCGCCCGCCCUCGGCAUCUCCUCCGCUCUCCUUUCCUCCUGGUCAGAUCGAGGAGACGUGCGCUGCACCGCUGCUGCGGCACCGACGCGGUUGCAUCGCUCGGGCCCCGUCCCCCUUUUACACGAAAAGAAAGUAUUGUGGAUGUCCUGCUUGGCCGUGCCUCCUUCGCUUGUGUUGUGCGCCGCUUCCCAGUCCACUUCUCUUGUGCCUCCCUCCUCCUCUCCCCCUCCUCUGGUCGCUCGCGCCGCCCGUCCGCGGCGCACAGCUACGCGUGCCCGCCACCGCCCACACCCUCACCCCCGCUCAUAUUACUGCCACAGAGAAUUCUCCCGUUAGUCCCCCCGCACUCCCUGCUCUUACUGUUCCCAUCGCAUCCACCCAACAACCCUCUCGUCCUUUUGCCGUUGACACAUUGGCACAGAGAGCGGCGAGUCGUGUGCACAACGAGCGCGCCACUUGCCUCUGCUCUUCAUCUCUCGGUAGCGACUUCCGCUGGAUACCCGCCCCGCCCCUUUGUCUCUUCUCUGUACUUCUGCUGCUCACGCACCUCUUCUUCAAACGCGCAGGCAACAACGUCGUCACACCCCGUUCACACCGCCAAGCACGCACGCGCUCUUCUCCGGAGGGGCGGCCGAACACAGGGAAGGCGAAAAGGUUGACCAGGAACCACGCACAGGCCCCCCUCCCCCCUCCCACCCCACCCCAACAACAGCAGAAAAGCGAGAGAGAGACGGCGGCUGUGACGGGGCCGACACGUGGAGGGAACGAGCGGCGACACAUCCCGACCCCCACUCCCACCUUUGUUUCGUUACUGAUAUCACAUAUCACAUAUAUAUAG